AUGGGGGGAACCUUUGAACGCCGGGGCCGGUAUACCGCCGGAAGCCAAUCGCAGACGGACCGCUUCCAGUCCGCCAUGUUUUCGACGGAUCGGAACAAGCUGGAUCCGUGGAUCGAGGCGCUGAUCCUGGGCUACGGCGGCCCGGAGGGGGGCCCUGGCCCCGGGCAGCUGAAGGCCCACGUGGUGGGCCUGGGCCAGAUGACCCAGUCCCAGGCGAAAGGGUCCGAGGACCCCGGGGGGAUCCUCUUCCUGUCCGACGGGGCGGUGCAGAUCCCGGGGGUGCUCACGGCCGCGGCCUGGGACCUGAUCCAGGACCAGGAGGACCGGGACAGCUUCUCCAGCCUGGUGGGGGCCACCGUGUUCCUGCAGGACUUCCAACUCCGGUUCCACGCGGCCCAGGACCGGACCCGGAGCCGGUUCUUCCUGUCCGUGGGCCGGCUGACCACCACGGCCUCCGGGCCCCGGAGGGACCCCCCGCCCUGCUGCACCAGCCUGGCCUCGGUCCGGAACCAGAUCCUGCGGACCUGGAGGGCCCCCCCGGACCCCCCGGGGAGCAGCCAGGGGGGGUUCGACCUGUCGGAGCUUCUGGGGGAGUGGCAGCACGACUGCGUCCAGGAGGUGCUGCAGGACAUCCGGCAGCGGCUCACCGGAACCGGAAGUGGAACCGGAACCAGGUCCAGAUCUGAGUCCAGAUCCAGAUCCGGGUCUGAUCCGGGUUUUAGUGUCCCGAUGGUAAAUAAUAAUAAUAAUAAUAAUAAUAAGGCGGACUGGACGCGGUCCGUCUGCGAUUGGCUUCCGGUGUUACACCAGCCGCGGCGUUCAAAGGUUCCCCCCAUCACCCGGUGCCGCUAA